CAUUAAGUCUUGUAGUAUCCGUGACCACUGGUGGUACUGUUCAUUCUUUAAACUAUUUAAUUGUUAGUGCCAUAUCAUAAAUGAUUGUUGCAAAUUUAAUUAAGCAACGGUGAAUGUCGAUGAUGCAUGAAUUAAGUUUCAAUGUGUGUCAUAAUUAUGAGUAUAAGCGAUCAGAAAAUAUGUGCGUUUGGUAUAAGGAACGUAUUCUUUUCGGUCCAGUGACCGAUGAAUAUUUGGCAAGCCAAAAAAGGUCUUGUUAAAUAAAAAUCAAUCGAAAAAUUGAUUCAAAUACUUAAUUUAAAAAACAGUAUGUGAAAAUGAAAUUGUAUAUAUCACAAGUAUCUCAUUUUUGUGUAUGACUUACACAUCGAAGCAGCGGUAAUUUUGAGAUACGUAAAAUGUAAUACGAUUUGCAUUAAUUUUAUUAAUUGAUCAAUUGUAAAUUAAAUACAAGCUUAGAAAAUAUGCAAAUGUUUUACUAGUUUUCUUGAAGUAGAACAAUGUUAUAACAUUGUUAAAUCUUUGUAAGACUGUUCAAUGAAAAGUUUAUGUACUUCUGAACUUAACAUAUUCUACUUACAUACUUGUUAUUAGGCAUGGAAGUUGUUUGGAAGAGUAUAAAAUUUAAAUAUAUAUUUACUUGCAUUCUGAUCACAUUUAUUAUUUCAUGUUUGAUAAGUAUUGCACCAAUAAGUAUUGAUGAAUGCAAAUGUGAAGUAACUACUCAAUCAAGUCAUUAUAACAAUUUUAAACAAGAAAAUAAUGAUGAUAAAGCUUAUAAAAAGUCAGUACAUCAUUUAGCUGUACUUGUGCCAUUUAGAGAUCGUUUUGAAGAAUUGUUAAUCUUUGCUCCCCAUUUGAAGAAAUUCUUAGAUAAACAAAAUAUAGAUUAUCAUAUAUUUAUACUAAAUCAGGUGGAUAGGUUUAGAUUCAAUAGAGCCUCUCUUAUAAAUGUAGGCUUUCUUGAAAUUAACAAAGCUUUUGAUUACAUAGCUAUACAUGAUGUAGAUUUACUACCAUUAAACGAUGAGUUAUCAUAUUCAUUUCCUAGCAAGGGCCCUCAUCAUGUAUCUUCCCCAGAAUUACAUCCUAGAUAUCAUUAUCCCACGUUCAUUGGAGGAAUAUUACUGAUUAAAAGAGAACAUUUUAUACAAGUAAAUGGUAUGUCUAACAAAUAUUGGGGAUGGGGCCUUGAAGAUGAUGAAUUCUAUGUUAGAUUGAAAGAAGCUGGGUUAAUAGUCACAAGGCCACAAAAUAUAUCUACUGGAACACAUAAUACAUUCAAGCAUAUACAUGAUAGAAAUCAUAGGAAACGGGAUAUGAUUAAAUGUUAUAAUCAACGCGAAGUUACUAGGAAACGAGAUCGCCAAACCGGCUUAAAUAACGUUUCUUAUAAAAUAUUAGGUACAAUUAAAAUGACUAUUGGGGACACGUCAUUAACCGUCCUUAAUAUUUCUUUAAUGUGUGAUAAAUCGAGCACACCGUGGUGUGAAUGUGAUAAAGUGGUUGGAUCAAAAGAUGGGAAGUCUAAGGAGAAAAAAAAGGUCAAUAAUAAAUCUGCCACUGGAUUGUAAUUACACAAACGAAAGUGUAUUGAAAGGAAAAAAUAUAUGUAUAUAUACAUAUAUAUAUAUAUAUAUAUAUAUAUGAUCUAAUAUAUUU